UUCUCUUUUCAGUGACAUUCCUAUUACUUCAUUCAUAGGCUACUUGAAACAUUCAUGAUCUUUAUUUUUCGGAUAUAAUAUCCAUCAGCAAAGGCACAGGCGGGUAACAUGUUGCGGUACAGCGACGCAGCUGGCAGGAUCCCCAUCACUGCAGAUCUCCAUAUCCCCAAGCUGUGCAAACUCUAUAGGGCAAAGAGGGAGAGAGAGAGAGAGAGAGAGACGGGCUGCAGCACUGGCUGUCCCGCGUGGAGCAUGCAGGAGGAUCCUCAGAGGGAGAUCAGGGCUACACACAUCCACAGCAGUCCGGACACUAAUCAGCUUUUAGCGAUGUAGUCGAUGCGGCUUGAGCUCCGUCUGUCCGAGCUCGUCAAAUAUGAAGAAACAUUCGGCCCGGGUCGCGCCGCUGUCCGCCUGUAACAGUCCGGUGCUCACGCUGACCAAAGUGAGAGGGGAGGACCGGCCGAGGGAGAACGUCGUGGGCACUGCUGACGGACAGGCGAUGGUGGGCGGAGCAGGGGUGGAGUCAGGUGCGGGGAGACAGAGAUUACGCUGCUGUGUGCGAGUGACGGCUGUCCAGGUGCGGAAAGCAAUAUGGGGCGUGGCCAUGGUGAUGUGUGUGUGCUCGUCAUGGGCAGGCUCCACCCAGCUGGCCAAACUGACCUUCAAAAAGUACGACGCACCGUUCACUCUCACAUGGUUCGCCACAACCUGGAACUGCCUCUUCUUCCCUCUGUAUUACAUUGGCCACUUGUGCAAGAGCCCUGAGAGGCAGACACCGAAACAGAGGUUCAGAGAAUGCUGCCGGUUCUUCGGGGACGAUGGGCUGACGGCGAAGGUGUUUUUCACUAAAGUGGCUCCUUUCGGCCUGCUGUGGAUUUUGACAAACUACCUGUACCUUCAGGCUCUGAGGAAGAUCAACAGCACCGAUGUGUCUGCUCUCUUCUGCUGUAACAAAGCCUUCGUCUUUCUGCUGUCCUGGAUUGUGCUGCGCGAUCGCUUCAUGGGCGUCAGGAUUGUUGCUGCCAUUCUGGCCAUCGCUGGAAUCGUGAUGCUGACGUACGCUGACGGUUUUCACAGUCACUCUGUUAUCGGUAUUACCCUGGUGGUGGCCUCGGCAUCAGCCUCCGCCCUCUAUAAGGUGCUCUUCAAGCUGGUGUUGGGCAGUGCCAAGUUUGGAGAAGCGGCUCUUUUUCUGACCAUCGUUGGUGGUGCAAACUUCAUCUUCAUGAGCUUUGUGCCAGUUUUACUGUACUUCACACAUGUGGAAUACUUCACAUCCUUUGCUGAUCUUCCCUGGGCCUGCAUGUGUGGAGUCGCUGCUCUCCUACUAGCGUUCAAUAUUCUGGUGAAUUUUGGCAUUGCCAUUACAUACCCAACUCUGAUUUCACUCGGCAUCGUGCUGAGUGUUCCUGUCAAUGCAAUGGUGGACCUGUACACCUGUGAUAUCCACUUCAACACAGUGCGGCUCAUCGCUGUGUGCAUCAUCUGCCUGGGCUUCCUGAUGCUCCUGUUACCAGAGGACUGGGACCAGUGUUUGAUUGAGCUCGGCACCAAACUCAGAAAGCGGGAACAGCCUGCUGAACCAGCGGACGGCGGAAACAGCUCAGGACUCAACUGGACCCGACGGGCCAGAACCUCCAUGUCCACGUUUACUCACUGACAUGCAGUCGCUUUCUCCCAUUCAUGAUCAGGUGAUGAGGGAUGCUGAGAGGAUUUUUUUCUUUUUUUUCUUUGAGCAAAUCAUUUUUGGUGGUUGUUCUAACUGUAAGUGCUUUUGAGUGUUUAUGUGAAACUCAAGAGCAGAGGUCCCAAACUAUAGUCUUGCGUGCCAAAUUUGACCCAUGCAGUGGGUCAUUAAAUGUUAAUUGUUUGUCCUUAAA